UUUCCAUAUCCGCAUUCAAAUCACAAGACAGCUACAAAAUCUACAACAAAAAAUUUAAUCUUAAAAAAAAAAUUUAAUUUCCUCAACAAUGCAAUCCUCCCAUUCCCUCUCAUUAUCCCCUCCCUCUCCCUGUAGAAUUCCAACCACCUCGAAACCCUCAAUCCCCAGCCUCACCCCGCUCACUCCCCGCCCAAGACCCGAUGACCUUUACCGUGCUCCCCUUGCGCUGCCCCGCAGGCUCAUCUUACCGGCCGCCUCCUCCAUCUGGGACGCCAUCGCCGGCGCCAACCCCGCACGUGACGCCUCCGCCGCGGUCCGACGGGGGAUGCAGCUCUUUCGUCAGGGUGAUGUCAGCGGAUCGUUGGUGGAGUUUGAUCGAGCCAUUGAGCUGGAUCCCCGACAGAAGGCUUAUCUUUGGCAGAGGGGGUUGUCCCUCUACUAUCUGGACAGAUUUGAAGAAGGAGCAGAGCAGUUCAGGCUGGACGUCGCAGCAAAUCCGAACGAUACAGAAGAGUCGAUUUGGUGCUUCCUGUGUGAGGCUCGGGUGUACGGAGUCGAAGAAGCUAGGAAGCGGUUCUUAGAGGUUGGACGAGAUCCGAGGCCUGUUAUGCGAGAAGCCUAUGAUAUGUUCAGAGAUGGCGGUGAUCCGGAAAAGCUCGUCUCGGGGUUUGUGGAUGGCCGAGACGACGAACGCUUUUAUGCCUCCCUCUAUGCUGGUCUUUGUUACGAGUCUCAGAAUAUUGAGGGAGCAAAGCUUCAUAUAAUUGCUGCGUGCAGAUCUCCAUACGGAUCAAGGUCGCAUGAUUACAUGGCAUAUCUUGCAAGAGUUCAUUGUUCCUGUCGAAACUGGAGCGUCAGCUAAUCAAAUUAUAUUUGUAAAGCAUAUGGCAAGUCCAAGCCCACUGCCAUUAUAGCCUUUAUCGGCUCCAUUUGGGGUAUGUGCAAAUUUGGUGAAGACAUGCGGCAAGUCUUGUGGGCUAAUUCCAAA